UAUUUAAUCUAAAAUCUGAAAUGAUCAUGUUAUGACGUUCGCAGUUACAUCAGCGCGAACUAUAUGAAAAUAUGUUCAUGAAAUCAACACAGGCAUUUAUAACAUAUCAAAGUAACAAUGAACUUUAGACCAUUUACCAAGUAACGGAGUGAGGAGUGAAGAGUGUCAGGCAAGUCAAUAAAAUAGUCAGACUACAUACACCGUAUAUAGCACAUGAGAGGUUAAAGUAGUUCUGUAAACACCUCGAUAAGUAUCGUGGAAAAAAAAUAAUUAUAACUUGUAAUUGUAUAAUUUAUCGAUCUCUUUAUUAAUUAACAAUGACACGAGCACUUGUAGGUGUAAAGAGAGUUAUCGAUUAUGCAGUUAAGAUUCGUGUCAAAUCAGAUAAAACAGGUGUUGUAACAGAUGGAGUGAAACAUUCAAUGAACCCUUUUGAUGAAAUUGCAAUUGAAGAAGCUGUACGAAUGAAAGAAAAGAAAUUAGUAGAAGAGGUCAUUGCAGUUUCAUGUGGUCCUCCACCAUGUCAAGAUGUGAUAAGGACUGCACUUGCAAUGGGUGCUGAUAAAGGCAUUCAUGUUGAAAUAUCUGGAUCUGAAUAUGAAACUUUACAACCUGUUCACGUUUCCAAAAUAUUAGCCAAAUUAGCUCAGGAUGAGAAAGCAGAUUUAAUUAUUGUUGGAAAACAAGCUAUAGAUGAUGAUAGUAACCAAACUGCACAAAUGAUUGGAGGUAUUUUGGAUUGGCCAACUGGGACAUUUUGUAGUAAGAUUGAAAAAAAUGAUAGUGAACUAACUGUAACACGUGAAGUUGAUGGAGGUUUAGAGGUUAUUAAAAUGAAAAUGCCAGCAGUUUUAAGUGCUGAUCUUCGGCUUAAUGAGCCACGAUAUGCCACAUUACCAAAUAUUAUGAAAGCAAAAAAGAAGCCAAUUAAAAAACUAACAGCAAAAGAUCUUGGUAUAGAUACUUCAGCAAGGAUUGAAAUUUUGUCAGUCGAAGAACCACCAGUCAGACAAGCUGGAGCUAUUGUACCAGAUGUUGAUACAUUAAUUGCAAAAUUAAAGGAAAGUGGACAUGUGUAAUUAUAUAUAUAGUUAUUGAAAAA